UUCCUUUUAGAAUCGAGCCGAGAGUGCCAAUUUUUCGCGGGAUAAUUUACUUCAUCAUGGAUGCUUCGAUGAAUACACAAAUUUUGAUAUUCGUGUGCAUUUUAUUCCUUAUCGAGGAACGAUUCCGUCAUCUCUGCUCAAUGAUAGAAUUCUCUAAGGCUGACAAGAUAAUAGAGGCGCAUCGAUCAAUUAGGCAUUCGAUGUUACAACAGAUAUGGUGGCUUCAUUGUUCUCUAGCGAACGCGACCGAAAUAAUUAAUUCCGUAUACGCGAUUCAGUUGUUGUUUUGGAUCUCGACUAUGUCGUUCAACCUGAUGUCGAGGAUUUAUUCGUUGAAAGUGUUCAAAUUAUCGGAUUACGGGAAGAUCAGGGAAUCAAUGCUGGUGACUGAUUGCGCGUGGAACCUCGUAUUGAUUACCACCGUGUGUCACAUGACAGCUCAUCAGGCGAAUCGUGUCGGCAAGCUUAUUUUCUCACCUUACUCUUCCGUUUCUCUGAAAUCGAAUUUACAUUUACAGGAAAAUAUAGAAGCAGCGGCUUACUUUCAACUAAGGAAAGUACAUAUUUUUACCGUUGCUGGUUUAAUACGCGUCGAUCUUCCUCUUCUGCUUUCGAUAUUCUCAGCGAUAACAACGUACUUGGUGAUCCUUGGAAACGUGAACGACGCGAACUCGAGAAUGAUGAUAUCAACACCCUCCUGGUUGGAAUUUAAUAGCUCGGCGUACAACGAUGAGAUGAUAUUCUCAUACAUAGAUUCCGAGGAUAUAAUUCGCCACCUCCUCGCCAAGUUUCAAGGCAAAACUAAUUACUUGUUGAUCGUCCUCUAUGUUUUCGUGAUGGCGCUCGCGGUGACGGCCAACAUUCUCGUCAUCGCGGUUGUUUUCAAGUAUCAUUACAUGCGUAGCGUGACUAAUUACUUCGUGGUUAAUCUGUCCGUGGCGGAUCUUUUGGUGACCACGAUUUGCAUGCCGGUUGCCGUCAGCCAGGCGGUCUCGAUGAAAUGGAUCCACGGCGAAAUAAUGUGUAAACUUUCCUUCUACUUACAGGGUGUUGCGGUAGCUGCCUCGGUUUUUACUAUCACCGCGAUGAGCAUUGACAGAUAUUUAGCGAUAAGAAGCCCCAUAGCUUUUCGACGAGUUUUCAACCGCAAGAGCACGGUCUUCGUUAUCAUAGCUCUCUGGGUGGUCGCUUUGAUCAUCUUUGCUCCUCUUCUCAGAGUGACAUCCCUUCAGAAUCCAGGUAUCAUGAUACUCAGGAACAUAUCCUUUCACGGGUCGGAUUUCGCGCAAAAUAUCUCCACCGAUUUGUAUUUCUACAUGUGCUUGGAAGAUUUCAAAUCUGUGGGUAUAGAGGCCCCGCUUUUUGGCACCAUGUGCUUCGUGCUGGUUUACGCUAUUCCCGGAUUCGUCGUGGUGCUAUCGUACAUCAUGAUGGGCCGUACACUGUGCGCCAGGAAACCGCCAUUCGAUUGCGACGGUGCCCAGGGAAGCGCCAGCUCGCAACAGAGUUUCAGGCUGGUACGUGAGCGAAGGCGAAUCGCUUGGAUACUGCUUCUUCUGGCUGUGCUUUUUGCCCUCUGCUGGCUCCCGUAUAACGUUUUAAUGCUCUUAAAAGACUUGGAUAUAAUCAGUGUGAGAGGGACAGAGAACGGAGAAGCGGAAGGGUGGAACAAUGCUUUCUCCUAUUGCCUGUUUCUAGGACACGCGAAUAGCGCAUUGAAUCCCACCGUGUAUUGUUUUAUGACCCGUAAUUUUCGUCAGAACGUGACUGAGAUCCUCUGCUACAGUCCCUGUGGGCUUACACGUGGAACGACUCAUCGAAGGGGUGCUCAAGGGACUGGAGUGAUCGAUGAUAUGUGCGCAGGCAGUGCCAGUGGCACGAUAAGACGAAGCUUACUUCGCAAGCAAAAAAUGUUACCUGGAUGUGGAUUGCCGAUCGGUGGCCAUCACGCCGUUUUAACCCUUCGACGAACGACCACGACCAGCUGCGACAGCUUUUACACAAGGCAUAGCCCUCAUCGUCGUUGUUACAUGCUGCGAAGUCUUAGAGGAAGGCCGGACACGGCGAUCGGGCAUGUACACUUAAAGAAAAGUCAGGAAACCAGUUGCGAGAAGAGCAAGGCAGUUCAACCUGUGAACACUUUGGUUAUCACGGACGAAAAACGUUGAUAAACAAAAAAAUUCGAGUUAAUCGAGUUAAUUAUCGAGUUAAUUUAAGGAUUAACGAGAGAUUAGUGAGAGUCGAUUUCUUACAGACAUGCGGAAUAUGUCGUUACGUGUUUGUAAAUAUUCGAUGUACAUACAAAGAUCGACGGCGUAAAUGGAAACAGAGGACUCAAUUGGUGAUCGAUUAAAAUAGCGGAGAAUCAUUUCUCGAAAUAUUUUCUGAUUUACUUAG